AUGCAUGACACCCCCAAACUGACCCUGAGCAGAGACCUGUGCAACUCUGCUCAGAAAUGGGCUGACCACUUGGUAGCAAUCAAUACCAUGCAGCACAGCGACACCAACAAUGGAGAGAACCUCUACUACACAUGGGGCUCUGCCCCCAAUACUCUAACUGGUGGGUUACAAAAAUGCACUUUGACACUGUCAAGUUGUGUUUUAGAAUUUGACGGCUCAUGGGUCUUUGAUACUGGUACUCUCGCUGUAGAUGUGCUUGCUUUAUAUUUGUACUUAAACUAAUACGCAUUCAGAUUACAGUGUGUAUUUGCCAUGUCAAGUAGGAGUGGUCCUUACAUUUGUGCCUGACUGCUUGAUUUAGGGAAGGAGGCUGUCGACAACUGGUACAGCGAGAUCAAAGACUACAACUUCAGCGAACCUGGAUUCGCCUCAAACACUGGUUCACUGCUAUUACACAUCUUUCUGGGAAAUGUGUGGUUUGAGAUCACGUGUUCAGAAUGCAAAUUAUGUUCCACUUAAACAUAAAGCUUUCAACCAUAUUGGAUUUAACAAAGCCUAGAUACAGAGAGGCCUCUUUAAGCGUAACCUAAUGUAUGGUGGUACUUCUCCAAUAGCCCAUUUCACCCAGGUGGUGUGGAAGGAGAGUACUGAGGUGGGGGUGGGCCUGGGGAUUAAUGGAGAGACUGUCUUCGUGGUGGGCCAGUACAAGCCAGCAGGAAACAUGAACAUGGAGGGAUACUUUAUGGAUAACGUCCUCCCUGCAGGUAACUGAAUGUUCUAUUCAAAAUCAAAGAUCUACUCCUGAAUUGAUAACCAUGCCAGUCAUGUUCUGUUACAGUAACUGUAGUGUCAUGGAGAACAGCGUUGGUUUACAUGCUGCGCUUGCAAGUUGUCCCAGUUUACAAACCCCUCAUGUCAGCAGGCUCAUGCUUCACCAUUCUCUGUUGUCUCUUUCCAGUGUAAUAAAAGGCUGUGCAUUGUUAGGUGGUGGUGGUGGCGAGAAGAACAACUCUUGUUCAGACACCUCUACCCAACCACCUUGCACCGAGACAACAUGCAUUGUGCUAUAG